UUUUUUGUUUUUUUGUAUCUCUCUUGGACCGGUGCUCGUGAUUUUUGAAACGUGAAAAAAAAAAAAAAUUGCGUGUUUUUAAAUUUUGCGACUGGCCAUUUUGAUCAUCAUGGAAGACGUGGCUGUUCAAGCGCGGACGCAUCACGCCAUCGGACGUCAGUGGAAAUCUCGUUCCGUUCUGCUUCUACCCAAUUUCGCCCGAGAUAAACCUCCGCCCGUGGCUCCCGGGCCGGUCGUUCAACACGACGGGCCUCUUAUGCAGCUGAGCGGCAAAGGACUCUUGGCACCGGGAUCAUGGAAACGACGCUAUUGCGUCCUAGACGGACGUCGACUUUAUUACUAUCAGCUCAAGGAGGAAAAUCAGGGUCAUCAGCAUUACCGCGACAAGACAAGUCACUACGUCGACCUGGAUGGCUACGACAUUUGUGAAGAAGCCAAAGGCAUCAAAACCGCUUCCAAUGUUCUGGUCAUCAGCUCGUCCGAGAUUGAAAAAUCUUUCUUCGACACGGGGCGUCUGUACCUGUCGGCCGAGACUGCCAAAGAAAUGAACGAGUGGAUCAGCCAGAUCCGGUCGGCCAUGACGACCCUGCGGGACGGCCAAAACAGUCAGCCUGCCAAAAACUUCAAAAGCCAACCAUCAUCUGAUGUAUCGACGACCGAGCAGAUAAAGGCGAACGAAGCGGACGCUUCCAUUUCGCUAGUCAAUGCCGGAGAGCAUUUGGAUUGCAUGACGAAACAAAGAGCCAAAGGGCCGACUGGACGCCGAUUGCCGCGUCAGGCUAAAUCGCGGCUCCACCCGACGGACGCGGUCCAGCAACCGCAGCAGCGCAGCGAGAGCCUACCGCGUUUGGAACUGCAAGCGGCUGAUGCGGCCAGCAACAUCAGAAGCAGCCAGCCGGCCAGGGGACGCGUUAGCCAGCAACAUAAUCGCUCGUUUGACACGGGCCAGCAGAACAAGAGAGCCGCAGCCUACGCCUACAGUUCGAGCGACGACAGUUUGAACAUGUCGUUUGCUCAGCCGACCGAUCAGCACGAGGACGAUGAGACGGUGGAGACGCUGUGCGAGAUUCCGGCCAUCCAUCACUCGUCCAGCACUCCGUCUCUCGCUUGCCACCCGUCGUUUGGCCAAUUGGCCGCUCACAAUCACUGGAUGAGCAUCGGAUCUAGCAGCUCGACUCCACGGCCCGUCUCGUCCGGCAAACGGCGAUCCGUUCAGCCUUACAGCUGCGGAAGUACCAGCGCCGAUGACCCGCCCGGCCUACAGCACCAAUACCAGCUCUUGCUCCAACAGACGGCCGCCAUCAAAACAACACUCUGCGGACUGGAGGCGGAUUUCGGAGCGUCGCGACGCGAUAUGGGCUGGCUACAGGAGAACUUGACAACAGUCCAGAGCGCCGCCGGAAGCGUAUCGGACAAAGUCAUCAAAAUGCAGUCGCAGGUGGUCAACAUGGAGCGUCAGAUCAACGGAGCCGUCAAGGAAGCGCAGCAGUUGCAGCAGAGGGCCAAUGAAGCGCUGAAAUCGGCGUCGGACGCCGAGCGCGACUUCCGGCGACUGGAAAAUGACUGCCAAUCGUUGCUGAGUCAGCUCCGUCAACAGCAGUCGGAUUCACUGCUGGCAGAUCCGCUUUGUCUCAGUCCGAUGACGCCUCAUCCGCCCGGUAUGAUGAUGAUGAGCUUCCAGCAGCAGGCUGGACUGACAGCGGAUACGAGUGGACAUCAUUUCUCUUCCCAACGGCCGGCUGCCGGCAAACUGCCGCCUUUGGCGCCCGUUCCUCAACUUCAUAUCCCGCCCACAUUCGAUUUCGCUGCCCUGUUAACCAAAUCUGCGCCUAUGGGAUUGCCGGCGUGCGAACUAGCACCAGCAAAGAUGAAGUCCUCCUUCCGCAGCGAAGGUGUCAAUAAGAACGGAAACAAAUCGAUUUCAUUCGGGCCGACCACGACGUAUGCGACUUCCCCUACAACUGAUCCCGACGAUGUUGCCCUGCCUGCUGCUACGAGCACAUUGAAGACUAAAACGCGAAAGAAGGGCAGUAAUGGCCCGUCGUUUGUUCUACCGACGUCGGAUUUUAAUCAAAAUUCACCACAUUCUAUGACGACAUCCUAGAACCGGCGAUUUCGAUUCAGUUUUUGACCAUAGGCCUCAACCAUUAUUUUUGUUUUAACUUUUUGAGAGACUGAUGUGUUUAGCUAAUCCAAGGAAAAAUUCCCGGUGGAUUCUAUUUCAAGGUGUCCAUUGUGACAAGUAUGCUAAUAGGGGAAAAGGGUCUGAAAAGAAUAACAGGUGAACCUAUUUGGGAGGUUCCCGCGUAUGCGAUUGCUAUAUAAUAUGACAAUGUUUUUCUGGCAGAAUUUAUAAUCUAAAUUUCAACUGGUUUUCACACUUUUGGUAUAACAUCGACUAAUUCCAAAUUUCAGUUCCAGCAACAACGUUCUUCCAAUCGACUUUAUUUAUUUAUUUUAUUUUGGUCCAUCUCCCAUUCUUUUAGUUCGAAUUAUUAAAGUGUUGUUUUUUUUUGGGCGUUUUUAAUGUUACAUUUUUGAUUUGCUUUUUUUCAGUUUUGUUUUUGCAGUUAGCAAUAAAUAGGAUAAAUUUCAUCGGAAGCUGCUUAUACAUUUUAUUUUGCGUUCGUGUCGUCUGCUCCUCGUGUGGUGUCGUGCUGCCCUUUUGUGGUUGUCAAAUACACAACUUGGUCUGAA